GAAAUCUAUUUCCUUUCGGCAUCCGCAGGUUUGCUCAGUUCAACGAAGCGGAGGUAUCUACAUUUACUCGUAGUUGGCUGUCCGGAGCGUAAACACUUGAAGCCGGUAUUUCUGAAAAAAACAUCGCUGUUAUCUUACCCGUUUCAAGCAGAGCGGGCUCCUCUCCGAAGUCGAGGCACGGCACGCGUUUCCCCGGACCCUCCCAUAUCUCUGAUAGUAAUGGCAGUUGGUGAAUUGCCUAUCCUUAUUGAUUUUCUGUGCACAUCAGAAAUUCCAUCCUCACCGAUAAAUACCACUUCAGUAUCGUGCUGUCUUCUAUGUCGUGUGGUGUGAGACUAGGUUGUCUUGUGCUUUUGCGGUGUAGCAAUCCUCGUCCGCCGAUGUUACGCGAACUAAUUCACCACUUCGUCCCGCUUUAGGAUUGACAGGAUGGAUCGCUAUUUCAGUGCUAACUGCAGGGAAGAGCUGCAGGGUCAUGUUAACUGCGCUAAGGUAUUUUUGGAGCAACACGUCAAGUUUGGCACCCCGUACUUGCCAGGGAGCGACGACGGCGCUGAUCCGUGUAGAACCACUCGCUCGCUUUACAUGAAAUGCAUGCAGGAAAGGAAAAUCCAUGGUCUCGACGGCGAUAAGGUUGCCCUCAGUCUUGCUCAGUUUUCGGGUCCACCCAAGCCGUGCGAGAUGGAGUUGUCCAUGCACGGGACAUGUGUUGCAAAUCAGCUGGAACGCACACAGAAGCUGGGCGAGAAGUACUGGACCCAGGGAGGCGAGGACAGAUGCUUAGUCACUCGAGCAAACUACGAGCAAUGCAUGUUUCGGUCACUGCGAGGAGAUAGUGACUCCGGAAAUUCCUCUUGGCAGUCGGCUGAGCUGGAGAAGAACAUCGGCCACCUCCAAGUCAAGCUGCCAAACAAGUGAUUAGUUGUCGCUUGCUGCAUAGUGGCACCACUUUGGGGGGCGAAAGCAACUUUGAUGUACAGGUUCAUGACAGAAACUAUUCCUGCCGAAGAGCGUGCAAAUGGGUGCCGAUGGCAUUGCUUCUCAAUUCUUUCUUUUAGGUCUUGUGACUCUAGUUGUCAGAUACUAGAGUGAGAAGCCGUAAACACCAAAGCAAAUCGAGAAGGUUUAUUUGCCAGAGAUGUUUUACUUUCAUCAUGCAUGUUCGGCGAGCCUGGUCAGCUUUUCAACAGUUGGGAGGCAGUUUCCGAGCAGUGGCGGUCGUAGCACAAGGAAUCUUUACAAUUCAGUAAACCAGAUUCUUGGUCCAUGCCAUAAGAACCUAGUCUAAUUCAUCUGGUUUUCAGAAGUACUUACAGGGUUACUGGCACCUCUUCACCUUCUGACAAUAUGCUACCAGCGCGUCCAUACUCCUAGUGACAAAUUGUCGAUAAGAGGUGCCGAAACGAUUAACCGGACAACUCAGCAUGCUGUGCACCUAAUUCCAUAUAAACCAGGCACUGCCUCU